AUGGCUAGUAUGGCCACGAGCUUUUAUAGUAACUUGUAUGCUUCCGAGAAUACGGUUGGGAUUGAGGAAGUCCUGUCUCAUAUACCAAGGAAAGUGGAUGAUGCCAUGAACAAUAUUCUGACGGCUCGUUACACCAACGCAGAGGUCAAGGAGGCUCUUUUUCAAAUGUUUCCUACAAAGGCUCCAGGACCCAACGGCUUCCCUGCACAUUUUUUUCAACGUCAUUGGGACCUAUGUGGUGAGGAGGUAACCGGUAUGGUGCUACGUGUUCUGAGUGGAGAGGAUUCUCCGGAGGAGAUAAACAAAACGUUCAUCGUCUUAAUACCCAAGAUUGCAAGUCCAAAAAAUUUAGGACAGUUUCGACCGAUCAACCUUUGUAACGUGAUCUUCAAGAUUGCAUCAAAGGUCCUUGCCAAUCGGCUCAAACUUAUUCUCCCCGAUAUCAUCUCAGAAGAACAGUCGGCAUUUGUACCUGGUCUUCUAAUCACCGACAAUUUUAUCUCAGCCUAUGAGUGUCUACACUACAUGAAAACAAGGAAGCUCAAGGGAAACAGGUUCUGUGCUCUGAAACUCGAUAUGAUGAAAGCCUAUGAUCGUUUAGAGUGGAAUUACUUGGAGAAGGUUAUGUUGAAAUUGGGAAUCAGCCCAAAGUUCACCGAAAUUGUGAUGCGGUGUGUCUCUUCAGUAUCCUUUUCGGUUAUAUUCAAUGGAGGGAAACAAGAAGACUUCACGCCAUCGCGCGGUUUGAGACAGGGGGAUCCCAUAUCUCCAUAUCUCUUCCUACUGGCGGCGGAGGGCCUUUCAUGUUUGUUGAAAUCGACGCUCCCAACGGAGAGGAUACAAGGCAUUACGGUGGCAGCAGGUGCACCGGAGGUAAACCAUCUUCUCUUCGCAGAUGAUAGCCUUCUUUUCUUUAAUGCUACACCGGAGAUGGCAAAACGGGUGGAUGACCUUCUGCAAAGGUAUUGUGCUGCUUCGGGUCAACGUAUAAACAAAGAUAAAUCCUCCGUCUUCUUUAGCAAAGGCUGUGUUGAAUCUGUGAGACAGGAAAUCAAGCAAGUUUUGGAUGUUUCGAAUGAGCAGCUCUCCGAGAAGUAUCUUGGCCUCCCCUCUAAUGUUGGUCGGGCUAAAGAGGGUGCUUUCAAGUAUUUGAAAGAUAGAAUCUGGAAGCAAAUUCAAGGUUGGAUGGAGAAAACUUUGUCCGUUGGGGGAAAAGAGGUGCUUAUUAAAUCCGUUGCUCAAGCUAUUCCUACCUACUCCAUGGCCUGUUUCAAGCUGCCUAGAGGAUUAUGCCAACACAUUAAUGGGUUUUUACGCAAGUUUUGGCGGGGCUCAAAAAAGGGAGAAAGAAAGACUGCCUGGGUCUCUUGGGAAGUCAUGUCACAACCAAAGUUUAUGGGAGGAAUGGGUUUCCGAGAUAUCGAGCUUUUUAACCUGGCAUUACUGGCCAGGCAGGCCUGGCGCCUCCUACAGGAACCCACCUCUUUGAGUGCGCGGAUCCUAAAGGCUGUUUACUACCCUUCUUCCACCAUUCUUGAUGCCGAAGUGGGCAAUCAUCCUUCACAAGUUUGGCGCUCCAUAAUUGAAGGCAGAGACACUUUGAAGCUUGGACUUGUGAAACGGAUUGGUUCGGGAGAGGACACAAAUAUAUGGAAUGACAAUUGGAUUCCACGUGAUUUUAAGCUUCGGCCGGUUUGCCCAAAGUCUUUGAAUCCUCCCCACAAGGUGUCGGACCUUAUUGAUCCAGUUAAUAUGACAUGGGACCGAGAUGUUCUUGGUCAGCACCUCUACCCCAUGGACGUUGAAGCAAUUCUUAACAUCCCGUUAAGCUCAAGAGUCCGUGAUGAUUUCUGGUCUUGGCAUUAUGAGAGAAGGGGUGUUUUCACAGUACGGUCUGCAUAUAGACUCUUGGCCUCCACAAAGCAACAGCGGACGGACUGGCUAGAGCACAAUGACGGCCACUCGCGUUUCGAGUCUGAUCGCCGAUCUUGGACAAAGCUGUGGGGAGCAUCGGUCCCUUCCAAAGUUAGAAUUUUUGCAUGGAGAUUGGCUAAAUCUUCCAUCCCUACGGGAGAAGUCCGCAAGACAAGGAGCAUGGCUGAAACACCGGAGUGUACCCUAUGCAAGGUGGCGGUGGAUACGUGGCGUCACUCGCUUUUUGAUUGCAAGAUGGCUAGGUGCGUUUGGGCACUAGCUGAUGAGGACCUCACAGAAACCAUUGUCUCGAACCGGACGGACGACGCAAAGUUUUGGAUGCUGUGGCUCGUUGAUACUCUUCCCUCGAUGGAGCUUGCGCGCGUCCUCGUGACGAUGUGGGCAAUUUGGUGGGCACGGCGUCGAGCUAUCCACGAUGAGCAGUUCCAAAGUCCGCUCAGUAUGCAUAUGUUCAUUGAGAAAUUUUUGUCUGAGGUGGAGGCGAUCCCCGACGGGAAAGAGCGACCCAGGGACCAAAAUGCAAAAUCCAAGGACCUGCAUGCAACGCCCAGGGACGUGCAUGUAACGUCCCGGGAGGAAUCAGUGCAGCGCGACCGACCAGCUCGGACGACCUGGCUCCUGCCGGCGAAGCAUGACGUGAAGAUUAAUGUUGACGGUGGCCUUUCCAAGGUUGGAGACCGUGGAGCUUCGGCGGUGAUCUGCAGGGAUAAGCAUGGCAUGUUUCUUGGUGCUUCCGCGGUUAUUUUCGAGGGUUUGCUUGACCCAACUACACUCGAAGCUCAGGCGUGCAACGAGGCCCUUGCUCUUGCUGCGGACCUCCAUGCUCAAUCCGUGUGUGUUGCAUCGGACUGCCUCGAGGUGAUCACCUAUAUCCAUACUGGUGCCCCAUGUCGAUACUUUGCUAUCUUGGAGGAGAUCAAGCACAGGAUGCAUUCGAUCCAAGAUUUACAGGAUCAUAGCUUCGCACGGCCUGUGCUCGGCCGCCAAAAAGAGAGCACUGGAAGAGCAGCCUUCCGCCGCCAUGCGUCAUUCUCAAAGGCAUAUGCAAAUAGCUGUGCAGAGGACGCCAUUGAGCUCAGCCACGCGGACGCCAUUGGUGGUCUUCCUCCACAACUCAUGUCCCGCUGCAUUCUGCGGACCUUCAAUCGUCUUCGUCCACUUCUCGUUCUCCAGGUCAAAGCAAUGUUAUCUUAUCCCUAA